GCACUUUGCAUACUGGAGGCCCGAAAGUUUGCAUAUUUCAGGCUCAUUUUGGAAGAUUUUUGCGACACUCCUAUAUAGGAGUUGCCCGGGUCCUGUUUGGCAUCCGCCCAGUAGCGCCCAGUACCCCGCCCUUCCUCACGUUACUUCACGUUCUACUCCCAAUCACCACCCACAGCGCAAUACAGCACAGCACACCGACUGAAAAUGUCCGACGCACCCGCGCCCACUCUGCGUGUUGUUCCUGGUGCACCCCCGGUCGCGCAGCCGUCUAAGUCACAGAAGAAGAAACGCAAGCCCACGAAGUCUAAAUCGGCAGAGACAGGCGGCGAGGUUGUCAUCCCAGACGCAACAUCGGCCGCGCUCAUCGAGAAGGCGCCGUCGGAGGCGGACGUGAAGGAGGGCUCGGUGGCCCCCGAGCUCGUCUUGCAGCCCGAGGGCACAGGCACGCAGACACCCUUGGAGACCCUGAAGCAGAGUCCUAUCGUGGAAAUGCUCAACAAGCGGCUGAGGGCGAUCCAGAAGAAGAGGACCCGAAUUGGAGCGUAUCAGGAGGUAACUCCUGAAAAUUUGAAUGAAGACCAAAAGCGGCUGCUCUCGACUCUUCCCAGUCUCGAAGCAGUGCGCAAGGAGCUGGAGGAAGUGAAGAAGGCAAUUAUGGUGCAUGAAGCGGAGGUCGCUCAGGAGGUGCUGGCCAAACAAGCUGAGGUCGCCAGGAUCGAGAGAGAGAAGACGCGGGAAGCGGUUGCUGCGACAGAGACAUCUCAUCGACGACAGACCUCUGAUUUACUCCACUUUCUGCGUCUGAGGGAUAUGCUUUCCAUUGGACAUCCUCAGAUAGUGGCUCUCGGGCUGAGCGAGCCGGAGGGUCUUGCGAUCUAUGGGGUGACGGAUGCCUUGUUGAAUGAGGAGUCGGAUAACAGGGCUUCUGCGAUCGACGGUUUGAUAUCUGGUGCAGGGGAGUUCAAUGCAGUGCCUUAUUCCCGCCUCGCAGAGAUCACACAGCUCUUCUUGAACCCUCUUCAGCCCGAAGCAUUCGCUGAGGUGUUGGCCGAGGAAGCCGUGGAAGAGCCUCCGGAGACAAUUGAGCAAGUCGAGGCCAGCGUCGCAGGCAUUCCCGCUAUUAUAGGCGGCACGGGCAGCUUCCACUUCAUGCAGGAGGAUGAGCUCGAGAAUCAGGCUGCGGAACCUAUCUUUGAGCAAGCACCAUGGACGGAGGCUGCCGAGGCUGCGUCAGAGCCACAGCGUGAACAGCCUGCUGAGAUCGAGAUUACUGAGACGGUAGUUGAGGCUGACAUCGACGGACGCACCGUUGUGCAAGACACAGUUACGGUCACGACGACCACAGAGGUACCGGAGCCAAGUGCAGGUGAAGGUGCGAUCAACUGGGCGGAUGAAGAGGAAGGUGGGCUGCCGUCCAUCGGCAGCCUGCACGCGAAGUUCGGUACUUUUGGAGAGGCAUCUCCUGCACCGAAGACCCCCACCUCGGUUCCUCCGACACCGGCUGCAAAUGGUGUGAACGGACAUGCGCCGGCUGCUGAUGAGGAGGGGUUCACGCCGAUGAGGGGCCGUGGGCGGUACAUGCGAGGCGGCUUCCGUGGCGGCGAACGUGGAGGCUUCCGCGGUGGUCAGCGCGGCGGUCGUGGCGGUGAGCGCGGUGGCUUCCGCGGCGGCUUCCGUGGCGGUGAGCGGGGAGGUGCGUUUCGAGUAGCCAUGCCUCUGGGAGUAUCUCUAAAAUUUCUCUAGGCUACCGUGGCAAGCCGACCGGUGAGCGGAGGGGCGGC